CUCGGCGCUACUUCUGCGCAGUCUGUGGAUUCCUCAUCUCUGUACCCAGUGACAGCAGUGGCAGUCAUGGAGAUGGAUGUCACCAGUGACACCGUGGAAGUGCUACCCCAGCACAAGUUCGACAUCAGGUCCCUGGAGGCGUACCUGAAUCAGCACUUGCCCGGCUUUGGGUCAGAUCCUCGGGCUGUGCUGACUGUUACUCAAUACAGAUCAGGACAGUCAAACCCAACCUUCUUUCUCCAGAAGGGAUCUCAAGCAUAUGUUCUCAGGAAGAAACCACCCGGCUCUCUUCUUCCCAAAGCACAUAAGAUUGACAGAGAAUUCAAGGUCCAGAAAGCCUUGUUUUCCGUUGGAUUUCCUGUUCCCAAGCCUCUGCUGUACUGCAGCGAUGCUUCCAUCAUCGGAACGGAGUUUUAUCUGAUGGAACGAGUGCAGGGUCGGAUCUUUCGUGAUUUUUCCAUUCCUGGAGUUAGCCCAGCAGAACGUGCAGCUAUAUAUGUGUCUGUGGUAGAAACCCUGGCAUGGCUACAUUCUCUGGAUGUACACUCACUGGAGCUGGACAAAUACGGUACCGGAGUUGGGUACUGCAAAAGGCAGGUGUCCACCUGGACAAAGCAGUACCAGGCUUCAGCCCAUCAGAACAUCCCUGCCAUGGACCAGCUCUCCACGUGGCUGAUGAAGAAUCUGCCAGAUAAUGACAAUGAGGAGUGCCUGAUUCAUGGAGACUUCAAGCUGGAUAACAUAGUUUUCCACCCCAAAGAGUGCCGGGUUAUAGCAGUGUUGGACUGGGAGCUCUCGACCUUCGGCCAUCCUUUGUCAGACUUAGCCCAUCUUUCCUUGUUUUACUUUUGGCCCAGGACACUGCCCAUGAUAAACCGAGGCUCUCACCUUCAAGAGAACACAGGAAUACCAAUGAUGGAAGAACUGAUUUCAAUCUACUGCCACCGCAGGGGAAUUGACCCUAAUCUCCCUAACUGGAAUUUCUUUAUGGCCCUGUCAUUUUUUAAAUUGGCUGGAAUAGCACAGGGAGUCUACAGUAGAUACCUCAUGGGAAAUAACUCAUCUGAGGAUAGCUUUAUGACUGCCAGUACUGUGCAACCUCUGGCAGAAACUGGAUUGCAGCUAUCAAAAAGAACUCUCAGUACUACACCACCACAGGCUGACACUAAAGGUCAGCUGUUUGCACAGAGCAGGAGAGGCCAGGAAGUUCUCAUGAGGGUGAAGCAGUUCAUGAAGCAGCAUGUCUUUCCUGCUGAAAAGGAAGUAGCUGAAUACUAUGCUCAAAGUGGAAACUCAGCAGAAAAGUGGGGGCACCCCUUAGUGAUCGAAAAACUAAAGGAAAUGGCCAAAGCAGAGGGACUGUGGAACUUGUUCUUGCCAGCUGUGAGCGGUCUCAGCCAGGUGGACUAUGCCUUGAUUGCUGAAGAGACAGGAAAAUGCUUUUUCGCUCCAGAUGUUUUUAACUGCCAAGCACCAGACACAGGCAACAUGGAGGUACUGCACCUGUAUGGCAGCGAGCAGCAGAAGAAGCAGUGGCUGGAGCCUCUCCUGCGUGGAGAUAUCACCUCCGUCUUCUGUAUGACAGAGCCCAAUGUUUCAUCAAGUGAUGCCACGAACAUCGAAUGUAGUAUCCAGAGAGAUGGAGAUGGCUAUGUAGUUAACGGCAGGAAGUGGUGGAGCAGCGGAGCUGGGAACCCCAAGUGCAAAAUCGCAGUUGUUUUGGGAAAAACGGAGUCUCCCUCUACAUCCAGACACAAACAGCACAGCAUGAUCCUUGUGCCAAUGGACACACCGGGAGUAGAGUUAAUAAGGCCUUUGUCGGUGUUUGGCUACAUGGACAACGUGCAUGGCGGGCACUGGGAGGUCCAUUUUAAUCACGUGCGCGUUCCAGCCAGCAAUUUAAUACUGGGUGAAGGCAGGGGCUUUGAAAUUUCCCAAGGCCGCCUUGGACCCGGAAGAAUCCACCACUGUAUGAGAACCGUGGGUUUGGCAGAACGCAUUUUGCAGAUCAUGUGUGACCGGGCAGUGCAGAGGGAGGCCUUCAAGAAGAAGCUCUGUGAACAUGAAGUCGUGGCUCACUGGAUUGCUAAAAGCCGCAUAGCCAUCGAGGAGAUCCGCUUACUGACCUUGAAGGCAGCUCACAGCAUAGACACUCUGGGCAGUGCCUCAGCCAGGAAGGAGAUUGCCAUGAUCAAAGUGGCUGCCCCCAAAGCCGUCUGCAAAAUAGCUGACUGGGCCAUCCAGGUGCACGGAGGUGCCGGAGUUUCCCAGGAUUACCCUCUGGCUAACAUGUACGCCAUCAUACGCACCCUGCGCUUGGCAGAUGGUCCCGACGAAGUCCAUCUCUCAGCAAUUGCCAAAAUGGAGCUUCAGGACCAAGCCAGACAGCUGACAGCCAGGAUGUGACAGGAGCGACCCUGGCGCACACCCUCGAGCAGCUCCAAAAGUAACAUCUCACAGUUCUCGAGUAGUUUGAGCACAAGGCUAAUUGUUCACCUGUGGUAAAGAUUUUAGCAUCGAUUUUGAUUACUGGGUUUUGCAAUGUUAAGGAUCACACAGACAUGAGGCAAAUAGGAAACCCCAUAACUGUCAAUGAGUCUAGUGUCUAAUGGGUUAGCAUUUGCUUUAUACACAUGUGACCUGUGAUGAGGUCACACUGACAAUGGUAGAGCUAUUUCUGCAGCAUCAGCAUAAAAAACUUGUUAUUUUGUAUUUCAAGAGUUAAGCCAUGUGAAUAGACACCCCAGGCCUAUUUAACCUUGUUCUGAAAUACAUGUAGCUGUACCCCUUUUAGCAGUGUUUUGGAGCUUGGUUUAGCACCUCAGAGAAAGCUAUAACUUGAAGCUUUCAGAGUUCCCGAUAAACCUCUUCCCAACCCAACAGGAAGAAGUUCUGGUGAAAUCCGAAUGCAGGUGAAAGUUCACAAGGAAAUGUAACAUGUUAGAACAGACAAUCAAGGCCACUUAAGUUACAUAGAAAAAGCUGGGGAGAUUCAUCAAUAGUCAGUUCUACCUCAAAGCUCUGCAGCUCGCUGAGAGCUGGUCUGAUCAGGUGAGACCAGUUCUGUCAGAGCUGCCCCUGCAGUGCAGCUGUGGGCUACCACAGCCCUCAACAUCGAAAUACCACUGGCACAGCAGAGGAACAAGAUUUUUAGUUUAAAUACAUAUCUUCAGUUCAAUUUCUGGGGAAACUGUUAAGUAUGGUUGGAAAGGCUUGAGUGGGUGGAUCUACUUUUUCAAGUAUGGAUGUUUUGAAAUCUCACCACAAAGAAAUAUUUUAAAUCAAAAUUUGGCAUCCAAAUAAACUCAGUAAGUGUACAAUACA